AUGGAUCCCUCCGUAAACCUCCGGCAAGAGCAACAGGUGGACCUGGUGGACGCAAACCCGACCCUUAGUGGGUCCGGUAGUAAUAGUGAAGUAGAUGCAGCUGGAUUUAACGAAUCGAAACCGGCCCAGACCCUGUCUGUUGGGCCGAUUCCGAAACCGGAGGGAUCCGGAAUUCUAGCCAUACCUACGGCUAAGCUGUACUCCAUGAACGGAGCGAAACGUGGCAAGGUGUUAAUAUUCAAUCAUGAAACUUUCGAAGAAAAAGUUGGUUGCAAGGACCGGCCCGGUACGGACCAAGACGUAGCAAGAUUAAACCAGGUUCUGCCUCAACUCGGAUUCCAAAAGGAGGAUAUUGAAGUGUACAACAACAUGAGUAAAGGCGAAAUCAACGGGAUUGCGGAAAACCUGAAAAACAACGCUGAUCUGGAAAUAUCCGAUUGCUUAGUGGUGGUGAUACUUACACACGGUAUUAAGAAUGACAAGUUGGUGGCCAACGAUGGAGAGUACCAUUUGUACGAGUUUAUUGAGAACUUCAAUCCCACUACCUUGAAGUCCAUGGCUGGAAAACCGAAACUGUUCAUAAUCCAAGCCUGUCGUGGCGAAGAAGUAGAUCAUGGUGUUAAGUUGAUGGCAUACAGUGCCAGAGAUCAGGUCGACUCGCAGCCGGAUAUUCGUCCGUAUCCUGAAUUUCCCGAUCUGUUCGUUGUGCAGAGUUCUCAUCACGGUCACAAAGCAUUUCGGAACGAACAAGAAGGGAGCUGGUUGAUUCAGGACCUGUGCAAUGUAAUCAAAAAUUGUGAUCUGGAAACGGACUCUAUUUAUGACAUUCUGACGGAAACGAAUGAUGCCGUAUCACAACGACUCAGCGAAGUAGACAACAUAGAAUUUCAUAAUAAGAAACAGAUUGCUAGCAUCUACUCCACCCUGACUAAGAAGCUGUACUUCAAGCCAUCAAAAUAA